AGGAAUUUGCCCUAGCCGCAAUUUUAGUAUAAAAGGGGGAAACCUUAACCUUAAAGCAGCCCCUUGUUUUUUGCAAACACAAAAGCGAAUUCUUUCACCAACUUCUCUUCUUCCUCCAACUCCACGGCGCAGAUCCGAGGAGUUAUUCACCAAUUUAAUCAAUCACAGUGACAAGAUUUUUCUUCGUUCUAAUUCAAAGCUAUGGCAGGUUUGGCACCAGCAGGAUCACAAUUUGAUGCGCGUGAGUAUGAUGCAAAGAUGGAAGUGCUCCAAGUUGAUGGACAGGAUUUCUUUACUUCUUAUGAUGAGGUUUAUGAUAGUUUUGAUGCUAUGGGUCUUCAAGAAAACCUCCUUAGAGGCAUUUAUGCAUAUGGUUUUGAGAAGCCCUCCGCCAUCCAGCAAAGGGGCAUUGUUCCAUUCUGCAAGGGACUUGAUGUCAUUCAGCAGGCUCAGUCUGGAACUGGGAAAACUGCUACCUUCUGCUCUGGCAUUUUGCAGCAGCUUGAUUAUGGUCUAACACAGUGCCAAGCCUUGGUUUUGGCACCCACUAGAGAACUGGCACAGCAGAUUGAGAAGGUUAUGCGAGCGCUUGGUGACUACCUUGGCGUGAAGGUUCAUGCUUGUGUGGGUGGAACCAGUGUUCGUGAGGAUCAGCGGAUUCUUUCAGCUGGGGUUCAUGUUGUUGUUGGAACCCCUGGUCGUGUGUUUGACAUGUUGCGGAGACAGUCACUUCGUGCUGAUUACAUCAGAAUGUUUGUAUUGGAUGAGGCAGAUGAAAUGCUCUCACGAGGUUUUAAGGAUCAGAUAUAUGAUAUCUUCCAGUUGCUGCCAAGUAAAGUACAAGUUGGGGUGUUUUCUGCUACAAUGCCACCAGAAGCCCUUGAAAUCACCAGGAAGUUCAUGAAUAAGCCUGUGAGGAUCUUGGUGAAGCGGGAUGAGCUAACCCUCGAGGGUAUUAAGCAGUUCUACGUCAACGUUGAAAAGGAAGAUUGGAAACUGGAAACACUCUGUGAUCUUUACGAGACCCUUGCCAUCACUCAGAGUGUCAUCUUCGUGAACACUAGACGGAAAGUCGACUGGCUCACUGACAAGAUGCGAGGCCGGGACCACACCGUCUCAGCUACCCAUGGAGACAUGGACCAGAACACUCGAGACAUCAUCAUGCGCGAAUUCCGCUCAGGCUCUUCUCGUGUCCUCAUCACAACCGAUCUCUUGGCUCGUGGUAUUGACGUGCAGCAAGUAUCUCUCGUCAUAAACUAUGAUCUCCCAACUCAGCCCGAGAACUAUCUCCAUCGUAUCGGAAGAAGUGGAAGGUUUGGAAGGAAAGGAGUUGCCAUAAACUUCUUGACGAGGGAUGAUGAAAAAAUGCUCCACGACAUCCAGAAGUUCUACAACGUUAUCAUCGAAGAACUCCCAUCAAAUGUUGCUGAUCUUCUUUGAGGUGCUUUUUUAGGUUUGUUUGAGGGAAAAAGGGGGGCUUUGAAGUUUCUUGUUGCUAGUUAAUGUUUUUUCCUCUUGUCCAAUUUAUUUUGCAAAAGAUCAACUGUUCCACCCAGUCCAACUGCUGCAUGCAUCUAUGCAGCAUAUAUACUAAUGCAAAUUUUGUCUGUAGGUAUGUUUAUGUAACGUAUGCAAUUUUUGCCCCAAAAUUUUGGUUAAAUCUAAUUCACUUAUUAUCC